AUGGAACAAAAGACUAAACGCAAGAAGACAUCACUCGUGACCACAGAUGACGGCAAUGAAGACAUUCAACAGUCAAUGACUUACGCGAAGAACUCAAUGGACAGAUUUGGUGAUGAUUUGUGUGCACUUCUUGUGUCUCAUCUCGAUAUCGAAGAUCGGUUUCGAUUUGAAUGUGUGUCCAAACAGUUCCAGAGGACAGUCUUCAGGAGUGUUGUCGACAUUAAUUUCGAUGUUUCAUUCAUUCAACGCCAAGACUUUCCAAUCUUCACAACAAUGAAUAAAAUCAUCAAAAAGUGUCGAAACAUUCAAACCAUUGAUUUUUGUUACUUAAACGAAAACAAUGAGUACUUUCUCGAAGUUUUGCCCGAAAUUCUUCACAAAUUCCCGAAUUUGCGGCAAAUUUACUGCAAUUUGUCGUCGAAUAGCAACCGAUGGGUCAAACAGUUGGCGCCACUCAUCACACGUAUCGGUGAUAUCGAAAUGGAAAAGAAACGAUUACUCAUUCAAUGCCACCGAUUGUCUCAUUUGACAGCAAUUAAUAAUUUACUACUGGCGCUGCAAACAGUGAUCUUUAAAUACUUCCAAUCGGAAGGUUUCAGAGAUAAUGCUUUUGAAUACUUUGUGUCCAAAGGCACUGAACUCAAGAAGAUUGAAAUGAAUAUGGCACAACAGAUGAAACACUUGAAGACAUCACUCAAGACUAUAGAUGACGGCAAUGAAGACAACAAACAACAGGCACAAAUCUAUGCGAAGAACUCAAUGGACAGAUUCGGUGAUGAUUUGUGUGCACUUCUUGUGUCUCAUCUCGAUAUCGAAGAUCGAUUUCGAUUGGAAUGUGUGUCCAAACAGUUCCAGAGGACUAUCUUCAGGAGUGUUGUGGACAUUGAUUUCGAUGAUCCAUUCAUUCAACGCGAAGACAUUUCAAUCUUCAAAACAAUGAAAAAAAUCAGCAAAAAGUGUCGAAACAUUCAAACAAUUGAUUUUCGGUAUAUCGAAGAAAACAAUGAAUACUUUCUCGAAGUUUUGCCCGAAAUUCUUCACAAAUUCCCGAAUUUGCGGCAAAUUUACUGCAAUUUGUCGUCAAAUAGCGACCUAUGGAUCGGACAGUUGGCGCCACUCAUCACACGUAUUGGCCGUAUUUUAGUGGACAAUAAACAGUCACUCAUUCAAUGCCACCGAUUGUCUGAUUUGAGAGUAAUUGAUAAUUUGUCGAAUGUCUUCGACUCUACUUCUGGACAAUUAUUAGUGAAGAAUUUGUUGCAUUUAAACCUUUACGGCACUCAUAAUAACCAACUAUUGUCUGAAUUGGUGUCCGGGAAUCAGUCCCUCAAAUGUCUUUGUGUCUUGUAUUACAAUACCGAGAGUUUCACACAAUUAGCGCCACAAUUGUCACGAUUAACACAAUUACGGGAAUUAGAACUUUCUUUACGUCAAUACGAGAACUCAUUGUCUGAGUCUUUGCGUACAAUUGGCUUAAACUGCAAACAAUUGCAACGAUUAAGACUUAUAUUGGAUUUUGAGAUCACAGAUAAUAGUUUCAAAACAUUGGAUUCAUUGGAAGUGUUUCAACGAUUAAAACGAUUGGAUUUAACGCUCAGCAAAAGCUACACAUUAUUGACUAAAACGUUUAGUCUCUCGAUUCCGGGCCAAAGAUUAACGCAUUUAAUCAUUUAUUGCCCGCAAAUAGACUGCAAAUUAUUAGGCAAUUGUCAGAAACAAUGGCCACGACUUCAAGUUCUAUUCAUUAGUUGUCAAGAUUUUAACGGUCAGUGUUUGGAUCACAUCUCAAGACUACCGGCGCUGCAAACGCUUGGCAUUCACUACAUUAGAGGCAAUGAUCUCUCGGAUAAUGAUUUCAAUGAUCUGUUGUCCAGAAGUCCUAAACUCAAGAACAUUAAAAUCAGUGGAAAUUAUGAGAAAAAGUUUUAUUUAAAAUAA